GUAGGACCUUCAGAGGGAGAAUCUCUGCCAGAGAGGUCAGCCUUACCAACCUUCAGCUUCAGGACAGUGCUGUGUACCAGUGCGAGGCCAGCAACAAGCACGGCACCAUCCUUGCUAACGCCAACGUGAACGUUCUCAAUAUUGCUCCGUUAAUACUGACCUCAGAUGGUGAAAACUAUGCCACAGUUGUGGGUUAUAGUGCCUUCCUGCACUGUGAAAUUUUUGCCUCGCCUGCAGCAGAUAUUAGAUGGACUAAGGAUGACAGCAUAGAGCCACUUUCAACGUUCCGCUAUGAGUUAAAUAAGAAUGGCACCCUAGAGAUCAAAGAAACAAAGAAAGAAGACUCAGGAUCGUACGCUUGCUGGGCUGCAAACUCUGUUGGAAAAAGAGCAAUCACUGCUAAUCUGGAUAUAAGAGAUGCUACAAAACUUGUUGUUACUCCGAAGAACCCCCGAGUGUUGAAAUCACAUUCCAUUUUAUUGAAAUGUCAGUCUGAAUAUGAUUCACACUUGAAACACAGUUUUAAAUUAUCCUGGAGGAAAGAUGGAGAUGGGCUGCCAGUCAACAGCACGGAAGAUGGCAGGAUAAUUCUGGACAGGGAUACACUGUUCAUAUCAAGCGUGACACUGGAGGAUCAAGGAGUUUACACGUGUGUGGCUAGCACUUCUCUGGACAGCGUCACAGCCGAAUCGCAGUUAAUUGUUCUUGAUGUUCCUGAUCCACCAGAAGACCUUCAGCUCUCAGAAAAUCAAAACCGAAGUGUUCGACUAUCCUGGCAAGCCGGGGCCAGUCAUAACAGCCCUGUUAAUGAGUCGAUCAUAGAGUUUGAAGAGAACCGGUGGGAGCCGGGGAGGUGGCAGGAGCUAACCCGAGCCCCGGGGAAUGACACCACAGCCCUUUUGUCACUGUCCCCGUAUAUGAAUUAUCAGUUUCGCGUCGUGUCUGUGAACGCUGUGGGAAGGAGCCAGCCUAGUAAACCAUCGCUGCGCUAUGCAACACCUCCGGCUGCUCCAGACAAGAACCCAGAAAACAUCCGAGUUGAAGCUUCUGAACCAAAUGAAAUGGUGAUGAAAUGGGAGCCACUGAAACCCGUGGAGAGGAACGGGCCGGGGCUGGAGUACAAAGUCAGCUGGCGGCAGCGGGGAGUCGAGGCGGACUGGAACGAGGAGACGGUGAAGAAGCAUUCUCUGACCCUGCGGAACACCCCCACCUUCGUGCCUUACGAGAUCAAAGUCCAAGCGGUAAACAAUUUAGGAUCCGGUCCUGAACCAAAUGUUACCAUCGGAUAUUCAGGAGAGGACGUUCCAGAUGCCUCUCCUUCCGGCGUAUCGGUGGAUAUUGUGAACAGCACGCUGGUCAAAGUCUUCUGGUUUGGAAUACCAAGGGACAGAGUUCGUGGACAUUUAAGAGGCUAUAAGGUCAGUUGGUGGAAAACAAAAAGCAUGCUGGAUGGAAAAAGGCAUCACCCAGAGAAACACUUCCUAACGUUUGUAGGAGACAGAAACUAUGGGAUGAUUCCUGGUCUAGAGCCCUUCAGUGAAUUCCGCUUAACUGUUUUGGCUUACAACGCCAAAGGAGAUGGCCCGGAAAGCUCCCCCGUUGUGUUUGAAACUCCGGAAGGAGUUCCCGAACAACCACGUUUUCUGAGGAUCCUGAACUUUGACAAGGACUCCAUCACUCUGUCGUGGGGACUCCCCAAGAAAGCAAACGGCCACCUUACUGGCUACAUUUUGCAAUACCAGAUAAUAAACGAAACCCAUGAAAUCGGACCUCUGAACGACGUCAGUGUAACCAACCGCUCCACGCUCAGCUGGAGGCUUUCAGGUCUCAGCUCCAGUACCAAGUACAAAUUCUAUGUAAAGGCUUGUACAGUCAAAGGCUGUGGGAAGCCGGUCACAGAAGAAGGACUAACGAUGGCUCAAGGGAGUAAAGGGAUCGGCAAGAUUUCAGAAGCAGUAAACCCCACCCAAAAGUUUCACCCCAUUGAGGCGCUUGAGCCUGGAACUGAAUAUACAGUUCGUCUAGUGACUAAGAAUUGGGUUGAUAACAAUAGCAUUUUUGAAGAUGUAAUUGAGACAAGGGGGAGAGCCUAUGCUGGCAUUUACGAUGGAAUUUCCACCCAGGGGUGGUUUAUUGGACUGAUGUGUGCCAUCGCUUUGCUCACCCUACUGCUGCUAACUGUUUGCUUUGUCAGAAGAAAUAAAGGAGGAAAAUAUUCAGUGAAAGAAAAAGAAGAUUUGCAUCCAGAUCCUGAAGCUCAAUCAAUAAAAGAUGAAAUCUUUGGGGAAUAUAGUGACAGCGAUGAAAAGCCGCUGAAAGGCAGCCUCCAGUCAAUUAACGGGGACAUUAAAGCCACCGAAAGUGCUGAUAGUCUGGUAGAUUAUGGAGAAGGGGAGCAUGGGAUGUUCAAUGAAGAUGGUUCAUUUAUUGGAGCUUAUUCUGGAUCUAAGGAAAAAGGAUCAGUGGAAAGCACUGGGAGUUCUACGGCAACUUUUCCUCUCCACGCCUAA